AUAGAUAUCAAAUAAAUGUUAAUAUUUACAUGUGUAUUGUUAUCAAAGCAAAUUGUAAAUCUCGAAAAUGAAAAAUAUAAAUAUUGUGGGAUUUGCUGAUCCAAAAGAAAUAAGUGAUAAUGAUGAAGAAAAUGAAAUUAAUGAUAUUAAGAAGAAAGUAUAUAAAAAAUCAGGAGGAUUUCAAUCUAUGGCUCUUAGUUUUCCUAUAUUAAAAGGAAUAUUGAAGCGUGGAUAUAAAAUACCAACACCUAUACAAAGAAAGACAAUUCCAUUAGCUUUAGAAGGCCGUGAUAUAGUAGCCAUGGCUAGAACAGGUAGUGGAAAGACUGCUUGUUUUUUAAUUCCUUUAUUUGAAAAACUUAAAACAAGACAAGCAAAAGCUGGUGCAAGAGCUUUAAUUUUAUCACCUACUAGAGAACUAGCAUUACAGACAUUGAAGUUCAUAAAAGAAUUAGGCAGAUUUACAGGAUUAAAAGCAACUAUAAUUUUGGGUGGUGAUAAUAUGGAAAAUCAAUUUAGUGCAAUUCAUGGAAAUCCUGAUAUAUUAAUAGCAACACCAGGAAGAUUUUUACAUAUAUGCAUAGAAAUGGAUUUACAAUUAAAUAAUAUAGAGUAUGUAGUCUUUGAUGAAGCUGAUAGAUUAUUUGAAAUGGGUUUUGGUGAACAAAUUAAUGAAAUUAUAAAUAGAUUACCAGAAUCAAGACAAACAUUAUUAUUUUCUGCAACAUUACCUAAACUUUUAGUAGAUUUUGCAAAGAUUGGUUUAAAUGAUCCUGUUUUAUUACGUUUAGAUGUAGAAAAUAAAAUACCAGAACAAUUAACACUUUCAUUUAUAAUAUGUCGACCAGAACAAAAAUUAGCAAUAUUGUUAUGUUUAUUAAAAAAUGUUAUUAAAAAUAAUACUCAAACAGUAAUAUUUGCUGCAACAAUGCAUCAUGUUGAAUAUAUUCAUCAGAUAUUAGAAAAAGCAGGAAUUUCUAAUACAUAUAUUUAUUCAAAUUUGGAUGCAUCAGCUCGAAAAAUAAAUGCAGCUAAAUUUCAAACUAAUAAAGUCCAUGUUUUAAUAGUAACAGAUGUUGCAGCACGAGGUUUAGAUAUUCCACAUUUAGAUAAUGUAAUUAAUUUUAAUUUUCCUGCAAAGUCAAAACUUUUUGUACAUAGAGUAGGUCGUUGUGCACGAGCAGGUCGUACUGGUACUGCAUAUAAUAUUGUUAGUCCAGAUGAAUAUGCUUAUUUGCUAGAUUUACACCUUUUUCUUGGACGUUCAUUACAUAUUGUACCAUCUUCUGGAUCCAUACAAAAUACAGAUGGUAUUAUUGGUAAAAUGCCACAAGCAAUGAUAGAAGAAGAACUUGCAGAGUUAAUAAAUUGGCAUAAUUGUUCCACGGAUCUUAAAAAUAUGGAAAAAGUUUGCAGUAAUGCAUAUAAACAAUAUAUUCGAUCACGACCUGCAGCAUCAUCAGAAAGUAUUAAAAGAGUAAAGGACUUACAUAUAAGUGAAGCAGGAGUUAUACCAGAAUAUUCUGAUGUUUCUUCAAAUACUAUGAAUUUAUUAUCAAAAAUAGUAAAUUACAGACCACAAGGAACAAUAUUUGAAAUUGGAGCAAAGACAUCCUCUAUUGAUUAUCAGGUUAUGAAAAAAAAACGUACAUUACACAAAGAAAAUAUUAUAAAUUUUCACAGAAAAGCAGAUGAAUUAAAAAUUAAAAAAAAAUCGGAAGAUUUAUCAAGAACAGUGGAUCUUCCAUCAAGUACAACUGAUGAAAUCAAUACAGCAUUUAAUACAAUUGUGCUUCCAAAGAAAAGAAAUCUCGAUGAUUUGUAUAAACGUAAAAAGAAAAAACGAUCAAUAAUACGAGAUGAAGAAUUUUUCAUUCCAUAUUACGCUCCCGAUAAACAUACAGAAGAAGGUUUAGCAGUUAAUUCUUUUAAUACGGAAGCAGAAAAAGUGCAAAUGGAUUUAACUGCUGAUAAUGAAGAAUCUCAACGAUUACAAACACAAAUUAAAAAAUGGGAUCGUAAAAAAAAGAAAAUAAUUACUAUUAACAAUGAACAAAAUGUUCGUAAAAUACGAACAGAGUCUGGAGUUUGGAUACCUGCUAGUUAUAAAUCAAAUCGUUAUUCAACUUGGAAAGAAAAAAGCAAAGUUGAUGUUACAAAUGACGAUAACAGUGAAGAAGAAUCUUCACAAAUACAGAAAUUGAAAACAAUAGCUAAUACACAUUGGGCGCGACACAAUCAAAAGAUAAAAGAAAAAAUUAAAAGAAAUAAUGAAUUGAAGCGGCCAGAACAAAUUCUAAAAGCACGUAAAUUGCUUGAUCAAAGACGUAAAAGAAACGGUCGAAAAAAUAAAAGAAAUCAGAGAAAUAAUAGAAAGAAAUAUUAGAAACAAUUUAACAUAUUUAUAUAUAUGUUUCAAAUAUUGAGAAUAUGUUUUGCAAUA